AUGACGCGAGAAGAACAGCAAUCCAGCAGCGAGCUUCGUGGGAAACAUGCAUUAGUCACUGGUUCUGGCCGCGGGAUUGGACGCCAGAUCGCACUCGAACUGUCGAGGCGUGGUGCAUCCGUUAUUGUCAAUUAUACGUCCAAUGCAGAAGCUGCGCAGGAAGUAGUUGCUGCCAUUAAGAGCUUUGGACAAGAAGCUGUCGCCGUGAAGGCGGAUGUUUCGAAGCCCCCAGAGAUAAUCCAGCUCUUCAAGACGGCUAUCGAACGGUUUGGAAAAUUGGACAUUGUGGUGUCAAAUUCUGGCAUUGAACAUUUCGCGCCAAUACAAAACGUCACGCCAGAGGAGUUUGACCGGGUCUUUGCCGUCAACACGAGAGGCCAGUUUUUCGUCGCGCAACAAGCUUUCAACCACCUCCAGAGUGGAGGUCGUUUGAUUCUUCUCUCGUCAAUCUCUGCUCAGCUUCGAGGGGUUGCACACCAUUCGGUGUAUGCCGGAAGUAAAUGCGCCGUUGAAGCAUUCGCACGCGGCCUUUGCAAAGAGUUUGGAGCGAAGGGAGUGACUGUCAAUGCUAUUGCUCCUGGCGGCGUGAAAAGCGACAUGUAUACACAUCAUGCUCGAAGCUAUUUACCAGGCUCACAGAAUUGGAGUGACGAAAAGGUGGAUGACGCGAUUGCAAGCCUUUCUCCAUUGAACCGAGUCGGAUACCCUGAGGAUGUAUCUCCCGUGGUAGCCUUUCUUUGUGGACCGGGCGCCGAAUGGAUCAACGGCCAAAUCAUCACCAUCGGAGGCGGCGCCGCCAUGGGGUAA